AUAAUUUUAAUAUCUAUAUUGUUGCUCUGUGUUUUUCAUAUUUGAAUUAUUUUCAGGAAUGAGCAACCUCGAUGAAAUUGAAAAGCUUGAUUCAUUAUCUUCUACACGUGUAGAAGAAGUUAAGGCUUCUACAAAGUCAACGUUUUGUUUUCGGCAAAAUUGGGUUCAUUCAACAUAUCAACCUUCAUUAUCCCGACUGAUGGUUAAAUUUCCAAAGUUCAGGAUUAUUCCAGAGUUGAUUGAUAUGGAAUUUCAAUUAAAAUAUUCAGACUGCAUGGUUGAUAUCCUCAAAACCUUUAAUCAGUCUGUUGCAGACCCAGUAUUAAAAUAUGCUUCACUGUCAAAUAGUGAUUACAUCAAAGCUCUAGCUAUAAUGGCAUCUAAAAAACAUCAUGAUUGGAAAGCUUAUUAUGCAUGCAAGUUGGAGUCUCCUUAUCCGGUAAUAUUAAUACAGGGGAUUGAGGGUGAAAAAAUUCUCUCUAUAAAGAUUGCUUUUGAAAAAACUUUGAUUGAAGCCGGUACAUCUAUUGUAGAAGGCAUCGAUCGUUUAUUCAAGAUUUUUUGGUGUUUUAACAUCGAAUACCAGCCAUUAACAAUCAUGUUCUGGCAGUUUCUGCAAGAUAUUUUUGGGCUGCAGUACGGUUCGUUGCCUAAUGGAGUAAUUGAGCUGCGAUUAACACUCUCUAAAUAUGUUUUUACUUAA